UUGAAGGCAGUAGGCCGGUCGGUUUCCGGGGGGCGGUCGGCUCAGCUUUUCCUCCGCGGCUUCACUUCUCUUCCUCUCAGCACCAUUCACAGAGGACCGUACCAACCUAGCAGCGGUAUAACGCAAACACCAUGGCGGAGCAUGAACCCACACCGGAGGAGCUGGCGGCCAUCGCAGCGGCCAACGAAGAGUGCGAGUCUUCUGUCAACUACAAACCUCCGGCCCAGAAGAGCUUACAGGAGAUCCAGGAGCUGGACAAAGACGACGAGAGCCUCCGCAAGUACAAGGAGGCGCUGCUGGGUAGCACUAAAACAGUCGCAGAUCCAACCGCCCCGAACGUUCAGGUGACGAAAAUGACCCUGUUGUGCGAGGCGGCGCCGAACCCCCUAGUCCUCGACCUGACGGGAGACCUGGACGGCUUCAAGAAGAAACCAUUUGUGCUGAAGGAGGGAGUCGAGUACAAAAUCCAAAUCACCUUCAAGGUUAACAAGGACAUCGUGUCCGGCCUGAAGUACAACCAGCAGACGUUCAGGAAAGGUGUGAAGGUGGACAAGUCGGAUUACAUGGUGGGCAGCUACGGCCCCAGACCAGACGAGGCGUACGAGUUCCUCACCACCAUGGAGGAGGCGCCCAAAGGCAUGCUGGCCCGCGGCACCUACAACAUCAAGUCCAAGUUCACUGACGACGACAAACACGACCAUCUCUCCUGGGAGUGGUGCCUCACUAUCAAGAAAGACUGGAAAGACUAAGCCCCACCCAUCCUCGGCACUCCUCCAUCAGCGUCUUCCUCUUCUUGGUCCCUCCCUCUCUCUCUCUCUCCCUCUCUCUUUCUUUCUCUCUCUCCUGCUGUCAUUCCAUUGUUUCUUUUCUGUCCGGAGCCACUUCUGGAUUAUGUUUUGAUUCAAGCUUUUUGCUCUCUCCGUCCAGCGCCCCCCCACCCCCCUUCACCCCCACCCCCACUCCUCUACAGUUUCAUUUGAAUUCCAAUCACUUCAUCAUUCCCGGCCAUCGUUAACGCUUCUUGUGUUUGCAGCCGCCCUUCUGUUAAGUAUUACAUCUUUUAAAACGGAGAAAGCGAACAUCAUGCACAAUCCGCAUUUUUGUUUCAAUAAUUUUUUUGUUUGUUUAUAAAAGAAAAACAAGGAAAAAAAAAAAAUCUGUUAAUUGCUCUCGAGAAAAGUAAUGACAUUUUGAGAGUUCUUUGCUGCUUUUUCCUUCUCCCUCUUUUUCUUUUUUCUUUUUUUUUCAUCCUUCUCUACAUUUCAGAUGCUUUUUGUAUGAUUACCGUGAUUUGCCUUUUUUGGAAGCAUUGUACUGGGAGCUGUUUGUACUGUAUGUGGCCACUGUGCGCUCGUUGAGCAAUCGAUGCUGGAGACGACUCUUGGACGCAGCCCUCCUUAAGCCUUUGAGCAGAUUAUUUGCACCAGAGUCUUUGGUAAAUUAUUUGGAAUUAAGGCCACCUCUUUAAAGGGCCCCUACGGAGUCUGCAGAGAGGACUGAGGCAGUGGGGGGGGGGACAAAAUUACCUCUGAGCUCUUGUAACCCCCCCCCUCGAUUUGUGUUGCUCCUCUUUGGAUCAGGGUGUUUUUAUCGCAGCCACGUGGCCUUAUAGAAAUAAUUAAACAAAUAAAUAA